CAGAUAAUGUGUCAGAAAGCAAAUGGGAUUUCCACGUAAAAUUGAUGUCAUUGUUUCUGACAAAUAGUCGACCUUCAACCGGAUAUAGAGAUGUUGAUUAUGACCACCGAUUUUUCUACAUUAGUGAAAACUGCUGUUAUUGUGCGUCUGGAUUUGUACGAAAUUGUAUGGCUGAUUACUUCUAUGAAAAGGGCAAAAUGGAAGUAUUCUCAGAUUCGAGUUGGAUUAGAUGUAUUAAGAAAUUCAAAAGAAAUCCUUCAGUAAAAGGAUUCAUGGUGGAAAAAACGUGCAUCACUAGUAUUUAUAAGAAUGGAUUCAUUGCGAAUGCAAAAAAUUUUAAGCCUGAUAAAUACAAGUUUUUUGCUUGUGUAGAUGAAAUAAAUUUUACUUUGAGCGAAGGAUUAUGCACAAUUUAUCUACCACGUUACUGGAAUCAAAAGUUGAUCGAUGUAUUCCUUGAGAUCUUCUGGAUUAUGUCAAUUAAUUCUAUUAACACUUUACAAUCUAUUCAUAAUUAUAGUAAUACAAAUGUAGUGAAUACGUUGUGAUAUUUAGCUUAACCAAUUAUUCUCAGCUUUUUGUUGAAAACCAAAGAUGAAGAAGUUGAAUUUAUUUGCAUUGCUCAAAUUUUCAAAAAAGGAAAAUCUUUGUAGAUCUUUUAAUUCUGACUGGAAUUAUAGC